AUGCUGAACACAAUACUUCGUAAUACCUUCCAAUCAACUUUUAUUUUAGAAAAUGCUCCCGAGAUUAAUAAUAUUUUGGUAACUGCAAAAUCAUUGACGACUUAUUUCAAACAAAGUGGCAACGUAAAAUAUCUAAGCAAGACGUUACUACAAAAUAUUGAUAUAAGAUGGAAUACGAAGCAUAAUAUGCUACAAAGCAUUUAUAUAAUGUAUGAUGAGAUUUUUUUAUUCUUACAAUCUCGUGAUAUGACUAAAAAAAUGGGAUCUAUGGGAAAGGAAGAUUUAAAAACACUGAUUGAUUAUUUGGAACCAUAUAAAGAUGCAACUAAUGCUCUUGAGGGUGAUUGCAGGCCUACACUACAGAACGUUCUUAUAUGGUAUAAUCUUCUACAUGAGCAUAAUGAAAUAAAUAUGAAUAUAAUGGAGAGAAAAACUAAAUACGAAAAAGAAAUAGAUAUAAUAAAGAAAAGAGCUAAAAAUUUUAUAAUUGAAAAAUUUAAAAUUCAUAUGCUCCAUAAAGUUUUAACAUUUUUAAUACCAAAGUUCCGACAAAUGAGGAUGUUGUCGUCGGAAGAAAUUAAUGAAGUAAAAAAACAUAUUGAAAACUUGUUAGAUUUGAUUUGCAUAGAAGAAUGUAACAUCGACGUAGAUGAAAAUUUGAUUUUACCCAUUUCCCCAAAAGCAAAGAGAAUCCAAUUAAAAGCAUCCACAUCAAAAUUAAACCCCAACAGAUGGGAGAAUGAGGUUGUUACUGAGGAUAGUACCAUACAUAAUGACAUAACAGAAUAUUUAUAUCUUAAAAUUUCAAUUGAGGAAGAGGAUAUACUUCAAUAGGAUGUCCUAUUUUGGUGGAAACGACAAGAAAAAGAUUUGCCAAAGCUAUCAAGAGUAGCAAGAAAAAUAUUAGCAAUUCCUGCAACUAGUGCUAUUUCUGAAAGAGGAUUUAACAUUGCCUGAAGGUUUUUAGAACAAAGAAGAACGUGUUUGAAUCCCGAAAAUGUGGAUUCAUUAUUAUUUUUGC